AUGUCCUCGAUACUCAAGUUGCUAAGUGAUGCCCCAGUGUCUCUGGUCGGCCUGCUUCCGGGGGCUGUCGUAGCCGGCGUGUUUGCGUAUGUGAUUUACCAGAGAUAUCUUCAUCCCCUUGCUGCAUACCCGGGGCCCUUCUGGGCGUCUCUCACGGACUUGUGGCAGGUGAAUGAGUUUCUUUCGCUGCAGCAGCCCUACAAUCUGACUGAACUUCACGCGAAAUAUGGGGAGUUUGUGCGCUAUGGGCCAGAUAAGUUGAGCAUCACGGCUGAGGAGGUGGUUCCUCUGGUGUAUCAGAAGGGCGGGCGGCGACUGCCCAAGACGGAGUACUACGAUGCGUUUGGGGCCAAAAUACCGAAUGUCUUUGGCAUGAGAAAUGUCGAACUUCACUCCAUCCGCCGACGUCACAUGUCCAACUCGUUCUCCUUAUCCAGCGUCAAGGGCAUGGAGCACUACCUCGACGCCAACGUCAAGAUCCUCCGCGACAAAAUCACGCAGCUCUCGAGUGAAGGAAAAGCCUUUGACCUGAAGAAGCUGCUUCAGUACUACACCAUCGACGUCCUCGGCGAGCUGGCCUUCAGCCGCUCCUUCGGCGCCCAGGUCUCGGACGAGAGCGAGUCCCUCGUCCCGCCCGUCGUGCCGCACACGCUCCUCGGCUCAACGACGGGAUCGUGGCCGGCGAUGACGCAGACGCUGAAGAGGUGGCUUCCGGCAGUCCCGCACAGCGGGCUGCAAUGGCUGUUUGAGGGGCGCGCCAAAUGUGCGAGGUUGGCGGCUGAGUGUGUUGAGAGGCGGCUUGGUGAGGUGGAUCGCGACGCGGAGAAGGGGAGCAUGCGGAGGACUGAUUUAUUGACUAAUUUGAUAUUGGCGAAGCAUCCUGAUACCGGGGAGAGACUUGCGAAGAGCGAUCUUGAGGCGGAGGCUUUUGGGUUCAUUAUUGCGGGAACACAUACGACAAGUGCGACAACGACACUGCUGUUCUGGAAUCUGCUCCACAGCCCUGAUUCUCUUCGCCAAUGUGUCGAGGAGAUUGAUGCGAACUUACAACCACUUGACAGAGAAAAGGCGGCAUAUUCAGUCACCGAAGUCGAGAACUCGCUGCCGUUUCUACGAGCGUGUGUAAAGGAGAACUUCCGACUGACUCCCGUGUUUACCAUGCCGCUGGCAAGGCGCGUGACAGCACCAGAGGGCAUCGUGGUUGCAGGACGCCACAUCAAGCAAGGGACAUCGGUUGCUGUCUGUAAUCACGCCUUUCACCACAAUCCACGUGUCUGGGGUGAUGACCACGAUGUGUUCGACCCGUCUCGCUGGGACCAAGAGGAGAUUGCGGAACGCGCGCGGUAUCUCAUGCACUUUGGCCUGGGCAGCCGCCAGUGUAUUGGAAAAGCACUUGCUCAGACCAACAUCUACAAACUUGCUAGCACACUGUUGCAUGAGUUUGACUUCCAGCUUGCCGAUCCGCAAGAAAUGGAGGAAGUUUCAAAAGGGCAUUUCUUAGGCAGGCUGCCUGAGAUGAUGAGUGUUGGAGUGAGUGAUCUGAAGGGACCGCUGAUGGUUAUAGCGAAGACUAGAACUUAG